CAUAUGGUUAGUAGCUCGAGUGGGUAUUGGGUUGGUUAAUACGUAAAAGGAUACGCCUAGCCACCAAUCAUAUACUUACACGUCUUCUCGUUUGAUACGUCUACUCGUGUGGGCGAUAGGCUUGCUUUGCCCAAGAACUAGGCAAUAAGUAGAAAGCAACCCUAGCUGUUCUAGAAAAAAAAAAAGUACAAUAGCAAAAAGCCUUCAUCAGCUUUCUUUUGUUGAAUUUCUUUUCAUGUUCCCAUUAGUUUUCUAAUUUGCAAAGUAAACUAUUUUCCAAAGUGAUUUGAGAUUGAUAUUAGAAAAGUAGGGGGAAAAUAAUUGAUAAUCUAUACAAAAACUCGUCAAUCGGUUUAUGAGAUAUUGAAUCGACAAACAUACCAAUUACAUGCUAGAUACAUCAUUCAGCAGUUUUAUCAUUAAAAAGAGUAAGUAAGCGUUAGAACAAAAUAUAACUCGAGCUGGUCCUAACUAAUGAAAAUCCCCUUCACAUGAAGAGUUCCAAAAUGACUUGAGCUGGGGUCGUCUAAUAGGAUUAAGAACUUAAAGACAACGCAAGCUAAUAAGGUUAACCAAAAUCAUUGACAAUAAAAGCUAAACAGCAACUAAUAAACUAUAUAAUUACGUAUACAACAUUCGCUUACGCAAGAAAGAUACAGAAAAGCCUUUCUCCCAACCCCCACUAAUUAACCCCCACCCAUCUUAAUCUAAUCACAGUAAUUACUCAUUCUAUCUCCCCCCCCAAUAAUGACAGUUUAACCAUAUCAUUUAUUACUGCACACCGCUGUCAUUAAUUAACAUCAAUCCAGUAAAAAAGAAUUUUAAAGAAACAACAAAAGAUUCCAUUAAAUACCAUAGUUCCAAUACCCCACUUACACUGAACACAAGGAGGGAAGGGAAAGGGCAUUCAUGGUAUAACAGUAUAACCACCACAUCAUUGACAUGUGCCACAUCUAUUCAUCACACAAACACUUGGGAAUUUAUUUAUUUCAGAUGGAUUGCAAAUUAUUCCAAAAAAAACCCAAAUUUAAUUACUUCUCUUCAUCAACUUGGGAUUUCUUUUUAAAUUUUAUAAAUAAAUAUAAAUCAUAUUAAUAAAAAAAAAUCUAGAGAGAGAAAACAGGAGAGAGAGGGGGUAGGUGUGAGAUUUUUGACCGAACCAACCCCUCAAACCUCCCACGCAAGCAGCAGCCAGGCAGCUACGCUUCCUUCCCCCUUUUUCCUCUUACCCUUCCUUUCCCAUCCACCAUAUAAAUACCCCUCCUCCCCCUUCCUUUUUCCCUCAGCUUGGCGUUCCCUUCCACAGAGAACAACAAGCUGAGCAAUCAAUAACACAGAAAAAGAAAAUUUUCUUACAGUUUCCGAUCUCUACCAUAGCAAUUAGCAUCUCUUCCGACUUUUUUCUUUCUUCUUCCAUUUUCCGAUUCCGGUAGCGAAACCAAUUGUCACAGAUAUGCAGGCUCUAUCACCACCUCCGUCGUCGUCGUCGCUCAUAGUAGGGACCAGCCGCCGCCGCCGUCCCCCCACCGGCCCACUCGUCGUCCACUGCAUCCACCGCUCCUACGACUCCGUCAACUUCCCCGCAGGCGUCGUCUCCAGCAGAUCUGACUGGCAGAGCUCCUGCGCUAUCCUCUCCAGCAAAGUCGUUGGUCAGGAGCAGCCUCCUGAAAGUAGAUCUGGAGGAGAUAAUGGACCUGCUGAUUCCAUUGCCUCCGUCAACGGUCACAAGACUAUUGACCUGGAUUUGGUCCCAAUCGACAAGGCUGCGGCCGACGGUACGGCGGCCGUCGGCGGCGGAGGCAGCAACAACGGCAACAGGCCGUUGCCGAUGCAGAAGCCGCUGACUAUCACCGACCUGGCUCCAGCUCCGAUGCACGGCUCGCAGCUUCGAGUCGCGUAUCAGGGAGUCCCCGGCGCGUACUCCGAGGCGGCGGCAGGUAAGGCUUAUCCUAAAUGUGAGGCGAUUCCGUGCGACCAAUUCGAGGUCGCUUUCCAGGCGGUGGAGCUCUGGAUCGCGGAUCGAGCGGUUCUGCCCGUGGAGAACUCGCUGGGCGGAUCGAUUCACAGGAACUACGACUUGCUCCUCCGCCACCGCCUUCAUAUUGUUGGGGAGGUCCAGCUGCCGGUCCACCACUGCCUGAUGGCGCUGCCGGGGGUGCGGAAGGAGUACAUCACGCGCGUGAUUUCGCACCCGCAGGCGCUGGCCCAAUGCGAGCACACGCUCACCAAGCUGGGGCUGCAGGCGGCGCGUGAGGCGGUUGACGACACGGCGGGGGCGGCGGAGUACAUCGCGGCGAACAAUCUAAGGGACACGGCGGCGAUAGCGAGCGCACGCGCGGCGGAGCUGUACGGGAUGCAGAUCCUGGCGGACGGGAUCCAGGACGACUGCGGGAACGUGACGCGGUUCGUGAUGCUGGCGCGUGAGCCGAUCAUCCCGAGGACUGACCGGCCGUUCAAGACGAGCAUCGUCUUCGCCCACGACAAAGGGACGAGCGUGCUGUUCAAGGUGCUGUCGGCGUUCGCUUUCCGGAACAUCAACCUGACGAAGAUCGAGUCGCGGCCGCACCGGAACCGGCCGAUCCGGCUGGUGGACGACGCCAACGUCGGGACGGCGAAGCACUUCGAGUACCUGUUCUACGUGGAUUUCGAGGCGUCGAUGGCGGAGGUGAGGGCGCAGAACGCGCUGGCGGAGGUGCAGGAGUUCGCGUCCUUCUUGCGGGUGUUGGGUAGCUAUCCGAUGGACAUGACCCCAUGGUCCCCUUCCGGUGGAGAUUAAUUAGCCGCUUAAACAAAGAACCAAAAACCCCGCCAAAAAAAAUAGACAACAAAGAAUUUGCUGAAAAGUCCCUGGAUUAAGUGUUAUUUAUUUGCACAUAAAGGGAAAUUCAAUUUAAUUUGGAAAUUUCCCUUAUUUCUCUAUUUCUUUUUCUUUUUUCUACUUUUUAGUGAUGAUGGGUGGAGUUUUGGAUCCAUCAAAUGGGUUUAAAAUUCGGGGGAUGGGGAUGGGAAGAAGGAAAAUGUUGAGGGAUGUUGAUGUGAUAAUGAUUUGCUUGCUUGGUUGUUGAAGUUGUUGAGGGUAAAUAUCUUUUUAAUCACUAUUUUAACUUACGAUUACAAUUAACCGCAUGAUGAUUGGUUUGCAGUUUAUGUGUAAGUAAAGAGAAGAGUGUAAAAGAGAGUGUUUGUUGGUUGGUUGUGGACGGGAAGGUAGCCGGGAAAGCAGAGGGAAGACGUUAAAAUUGACCCAAUCAAUCUUCACUCUGGCUUUACUUUUUGUUUAUUGUGAAGGUGUUAGGUGAAGGAGGUGUAUCUAAAUUUUCUUGGAUUUGGUCUAUACAAAUAUUUAAUAAUAGCUCGUCGACACUGGAAUUAGGAAUUGAUGCUUCUACUUCACUACUUAAGGUAAAAUGAAAUGAAAAUGGAAAUGUCUAUAAUGUACCCCAAAAAUGUGUUGUUUUCAAGGAGAACACGUAGAACAAACUAAUGUCACAAGAAGAAAGACAGAAAUAGAGCUUGUUUGGUGUUUUCACUCAUUUGCCAAAGUACUCAUGUGCAAAAGCAAUAAUUCGGUGAAUAGAAGAACCAAUGUACUUUUUUAGUUGAUAAUUUUUUUUUAAUAAAGCUCACAUAGAUUAGCUUUUAAUACUAGGUGUUGGAUUCAAAUCCGGUACCUCAAAAUUGAAUACUAGUUAUAGAAUCAUUAGAUCAAAUCCUUAUUCGAUGUUUGGUUUUUGACUUAGAAGUUGUUGUCAAUACUGAUUUGAUCAGUUGGUUGCGGAGUACUAGUUUGAAUUUGGAAAUUCUUAUUUCAAUGCUCGUGACACUCUUAUAGUUGAGAUACUCAUAAGACAAAUAUAUAUAUAUUAGAGUGUUGGGAUAAAUAUCGUAACAUUUUAGGUGAAUCCCACAUCGACACUACGGGAGAGAUCCAUGGUUCAUAAGUUGAUUUUAACUGACAAGAUACGUUUUGAGGUGAAAUGAAGGAGUUCUUUUAAGAAUUCUGAAGUUAAACAUAGUCAUUAUGUAGCACUGCAAGAAUGGAUGAUCUCAUGAGAAAUCACCUUGAUAUGCAUUUCAAGGUAAAAUCCAUGAGGGUUUGCCCAAAGUAGACAAUAUCUUGUAGAGGGAAAAUGUUCAUGAUGUUAAAAAAAUGAAAACAAAGGGCUGGAUUCAUGCGUAUAUAUACGUGGUAAUUAUUUUCACACAAAAUAAUAAAACGUAUAUAUGCUAAUUGGAAUGAGAUAUUUGUUUUCUUGUUUCCCCUGUUUUUUACUGAGGUUUUGUUUUCUUGUUAUCCCCUGAUUUGUUUGAGGCGUGCCGUGGUGGUGGUUAGGUGGGGAAAGAGCGGUAGGAGAGGGAGAUUCCAUUGGGACAUUCCUGAUCUCUUUCUUCCUCCAAACGAGGAAGAAUCCUCCGAGUUUGAGUGCCGGUUGGGUGAAGUUGAGUUUUAGGCGAGUUUACUCCAUACAAAGCACAUUUCGAGUGCCACUUUCACCUUGAAAACAUUUUCUUAAUAAAGAGGUCGUAAUUCGAGAGAUUUUAUCAACUGCGACGUUGUUGGAAGAAGUUCAAGAGAAUGAAAUCAUGGGACACAUUUGAGAGUAUCGAUAUCUUGUCAUUUGUUCUAUUUUCUCAAAUUUAUCAUGAAUUUUGUAUGUACUUUAAUCUCUAGUUUGAUAGAGAUUUAAAGAAAGCCUUAACCUUCCA